UAGAAUUAAGUUUACCCAAAAAGAUCUUCCUACCUGCAAAUGUCCAUAAGAAAACAUGAAAACCAUGUGCUUGGUGACACAGUGGAGGCCUGCUGGAUAUAUAAACUGAGGACACGACUACUCCAAGGUGCAAACUUUGGCUACUCGACACUGAGUUUUUCUGAGACUGUUGUUCUUUGGGAGAAAUUGUUGAUCAGCUAUUGUGACAUAAAAAGAUAUAACCUGGGAUGGAAGGAAACUGCCUUUUAAAUGGAAUAAAUAAACAAGGGGUUGAUUACUGCACCAGGGAGACACUCAUCAGAUGAGCAGAACCAUGGAAGAAUUUCCGGGGAGGAGAUUCUCUGUGCAAAUGAUUGCUCACUUGAUCGGACUAUCCACAUAAAGUCCUGAAUACAAGAAAAGCUUCCAGAUCUGUUCUGGUACAGCCCGGAAAUCUCUCCUGAGUCAGAAACCCGCAGUCUCUCAAGCUGUUUUGUUCACCGCCUCGAGGAAAAGCUCUCUAUCUGAUUUUCAGUAGUGACUUGGCAAAAUCCCAAGAGAUCCCACUCUGAAACAACAGAGGGGCAAGCGAGGCUCUCAGAGGAGCCAGGCCCUUUUUUCUUUAACCUGCGAUGACUUCUAUCCUCACCCCUAGGAUACUGUUCUCUUCCCUUCCAAAUGCCUCAGCUCGGAAACUGUUCUUGAUGGUGUUAAUUAUCUUUGUUUUCUGGGUUGUCUUCAUGGCUUCAAAAGACCACACAGAGUUUAUGUUUCACUUAAACAACCCCAUCAUUCUGAGACGAUGGCACAUCUUCAAGGAGUUCUUGCCCUCGGAUGAGUUUCAGAACACAUCAGCCUCAGCAGAGGCAGAGCUGGCAGUCACUGCAAUCCUGGAAAAGCUCAACCAGCUGAUCCCACCCAGACCUUUCCCCAACCAGAGCAGCACCACCAGCGCCAAACAGAGCACAGCCACCAUCCACAACCCACAGAACACAUACUGCGUAGGAGACCAGCUGGACAUCUUGCUGGUGGCCAGGGACUAUCUUGGUCACAGGAAGAAGUAUGGUGGGGACUUCCUAAGAGCCAGGAUAUCCUCCCCAGCCCUGAAGGCAGGUGCUUCUGGCAAGGUGACAGACUUCAACAAUGGCACCUACCUCAUCAGCUUCACUCUGUUCUGGGAGGGCCCGGUCUCCCUGUCUGUCCUGCUCAUGCACCCCAGUGAAGGGGCGUCAGCUCUCUGGAGAGCAAGGAAUCAAGGCUAUGGCAAAAUUAUCUUCACUGGCCAGUUUCUUAAUGGCACCUUCCCUCUCCUCACCGAAUGUGGCUUUACCUUAAAGACAAGUGCGGAGCUGUGUCAAUAUCUGGAUGCUCGAGAUGACGAAGCUUUUUACUGUUUGAAGCUUCCGGGUGUUCCCUGUGAGGCCCUGACCCACAUGACAAGCAAGAAUAGUGAUGUCUCCUAUCUCAGCCUUAAGGAGAAGCUCCUUUUCAAGAGGUUCAAUAUAGGAGUUGAAGUGGUGAAGAAUUUGUCCAUCAUGGUCUUGCCUUGUAACAACAAGACUAAGACCAAAAGAAAGAAAUGCCAGAUUGGAAUGGAGACUCCUUUCCCUGGUGGCUAUACUUUGAAAGGAAGGUGGAUUACAGCACAUUGUGAACAGAAUGAGUUCAGGGAGAUAAAAGAUAUAAAUAAUUGCUUGUCAAGAAAAUUGAUUUACCUCAUGGGUGACUCAACUCUGCGUCAAUGGAUCUACUACUUAAACAAAGCUGUGAAAACCUUAAAAUUUUUUGACCAUCAUGGAGCUGGGGUCUUUAAAACUCAUAUUCUUCUGGAUACCGAACGACAUAUUCUGGUUCAGUGGAAAAAACACAGUCAUCCUUUUGUUACUAACAAGCUGUUCUCCAUGAAAGAUGACAAAUAUAUCCCUCGGGAAAUUGAUCAGGUGGCAGGAGACAGUGGUACAGCAAUUGUCAUUAGUUUUGGCCAACACUUCAGACCCUUUCCCAUCAACGUUUUCAUCCGUAGGGCUAUCAACGUCAAAAAGGCCAUAGAGAGACUGUUCUUACGGAGCCCCGAGACCAAGGUGAUAAUUAAAACGGAAAACAUCAGAGAAAUAAAUGAAAAUGUAGAGAUAUUCAGUGACUUCCAUGGAAGCAUUCAGAACCUUAUCAUAAGGGACAUUUUCAGGGACCUCAAUGUGGGUAUCAUUGAUGCCUGGGACAUGACAAUUGCAUACCGCAGUGAGGAUGUCCAUCCACCUGACAGUGUGAUUGAAAGUCAGAUUGGCAUGUUCUUAAACUAUAUUUGCUAGAGGGUCUUAAGGUGCAUAAAAUGUCUCUAGAUCCCCUACCUCUGUUCUCUCUGAUCUCAUGGGUACUUGCACACACAACAUAAUCUAGCACAUGAAGAAGCGAAUAUUGAGAAUUGUAGUUAAAUGUACAUAACAUAAAAUUUGCCAUUCAAAUCACUUUUAAUCCUGCAACUCAGUAAUGCUAAGUAAAGUCUUAUGUUACACCACUGUCAUUAUAAUCCAUUUUUUGAACAGUUUUAUUCAUCCCAAAUAGAAAUAUCAAAUCCAUGAAACGCUCACUCACCACUUCCUCUGAGCCUCGGACCUCGGCACCUACAGCUAUCCUUUCUGCCUCUAUAAAUUUGACUGUUUUAAACAUCUCAUAUAAAUGAAAUAAUAAAAAUCACUGAACUUGUGCCUGCCUUGUUUCACUUAGCACAAUGUCCUUAAUUUGAUCCACGUCAAAUGUAUGAGAAUGUCUUCCUUUUUAAAGAGUGAAUAUAAUUUCUUUCUAUGUAUGUACUGUACUUUGAUUUUUGGUUUAUUUGUUGAUGAACAUUUAGUUUGUUUUUGCCUUUUGGGCAUUAUAUAUCAGGCCUGUGAAGAGGGUUGCACUUUUAAAGGCUUGUUUCCUCUUCUAAACUUGAUGUUUAAAUAGUAAAUUAUCAUUAUCCAUUUCUUAUUUUUAAAUAUUAUUUAAUUAAAUAUGUGUAUGUGUGAGUAUCUGUUAGUGAAUGUCAGGUAUGUUUGAGGAUGUCUUGCAGAGACUAGAAGAGGGCUUCAGAUCCUCUGGAGCUGGACUUAUGGGUGGUUGUGAUUUGCCCAAUGUGGGUGCUGGGAACUGAACUUGGGUCCUCUGGAAGUGUGGCAAGUGCUCUUACCCAUCCAUCCAUCGCUCCAGCCACCACUCUCCUUACUUUAAAGGCAUGUGCAGUCCAGAGACACAUAGCUUUAAUGAUCUGCUCAGAGAAAAGAUAAUGCUUUAAUGAUCUGCUCAGAGACAAGAUAAUGCUUAGAAGAAAACGUCACAGGACCUCAAG